UCAAAAAAUAAUAAUUAAAUGAGAGCAUAUUUAUAAUUUCACCCCUGAAGGUGUAAUCACGGAUGCAUUUCCCUUUGAUGUUCAUGAUGGGGCCUACCAUUUUCAUGGUACAGAUGCCUUACACAUGUGACAUGUUGGAAGGAAUGGUUAGCCUGCAUGAAAAAUCAUCAUGUGGUCACAUGUAUAUAAUCAAUUCCCUUCUUAGUCACCCAAAAUCCAGGAUGGAGCCACUCAGAUCAACGGCAUAAAUCAUGGACAAUGGACCCCAUUAGGACACAAUCAACACAUUACAACCAUCUCAUUUAGAAUUGGUAUCGAUCCCUAGUGGGGGUGGCUAACAGUGAAGUGUGAACUGAGAGUGGGUGUACUAACAAGCUAACAAAAAAUAAAAAUAAAAACCAUCUCAAUUAGAAAGAACAUAGAUUUAAGAACGUACAUCUCUCUCUCUCUUUCUAAUACAAAAGCCUCCCAUGCAUGCAACAGAAGGAGCUUGUGGCUACGGUGAUCUCUUCAAGCAAGGAUACGGCCUAGCAACAACAGCUCUCAGCACAGCUCUCUUCAACAACGGGUUAACCUGCGGUGCAUGCUUCGCAAUCAAGUGCGUCAAUGACCCUCAAUGGUGCUUACCUGGCUCAGUCAUCGUCACCGCUACAAACUUCUGCCCACCUAACUCCCCCAAACUGAGCGAUGACUGGUGCAAUCCGCCAAACAAGCACUUCGAUCUUUCCAAACCCAUGUUCAAGAAGAUUGCAAUCGAGAAGGCUGGGAUCGUGCCCGUCCAGUUCCGCCGUGUUACAUGCGUCAAGACAGGAGGUGUGAAGUUCGACAUCACAGGCAACCCUAACUUCAACAUGGUGUUAGUUUGGAACGUUGGUGGGGCCGGUGACGUUUCAAAUGUUAAGAUCAAGGGCACUAACACUGGUUGGCUACAGAUGUCUCGUAACUGGGGCCAAAACUGGCAGAUAGGAACGGUGUUGCAAGGGCAGGCGUUGUCCUUUCAAGUGACUGCUAGUGAUGGACGGAUGAUAGAGUCUGAUAAUGUUGCACCAGCUAACUGGCAAUUUGGACAGACCUUUGAAGGCAAACAGUUCUAA